AUGGAAGGGCCCUUGGAAGUUGGGGAUAAGUCCCCAGACUCCCAGGGACACGCCACUGACUCGAGGUUUGCUGUGUGCAGUUUCAGGGAUGCCUGGGAUGAGGAGGAACCUGUUCCCCACGUGCAGGUUAAGGACCCUAAUCCUCCAAGAUCACCAGCAGGGACAGCCCAGGGAGAAGGGCUUCUUGGCAGCUCCGUGCCUGGGGAUCUUCAGUCACCCCUAGGACCGAUGGCUGCAGAUGGGCCGGGGGAAGGGCAGGGGGACACAUUAGGAGGUUCCUCAGUUCAGUUAGAGGAACCCACCCCAUCUAGAGUGGAGAGCCUCCCAUAUCCAGUGUCCUCCCACCUCAGCCUCGCACAGGGCAAGAGUGAUAGUCGAGGGGGAGACUUGGCAAGAGACCAAGUUCCAGACAGGUUAGUGCCAGCUGGCUUGGGUCCUGAGGGGUUGGACAGCGAUCCUGUGGACCUUGGAGGCCCUUUAUCUGAGACAUCUUCAGAACUACUGGAGCCAGACCCCAGUGGAUCUUGCCUCCCUAAGCCUGCUAAUUACCUCCUGGCCCAAGACCUCUCCUGGGAGCUGCUGGCUAGUGGCAUGGCUACCUUACCAGGGACUCGGGAUGUAGAAGGCCGGGCAGUGCUGCUUCUGUGUGCCCAUAGCCCAGCCUGGCUCUACCCCAAGUGCAGUAGCCAUGAACUUAUCCGCCUCCUGCUGUACCUGCGAAGCAUUCCCAGGCCUGAAGUACAGGCCCUGGGAUUGACCGUGCUGGUGGAUGCCCGAGUUUGUUCCCCAAGUUCUUCUCUCUUCUGGGGGCUCAGCCAACUACAAGAAGCAGCCCCAGGGUCAGUAUACCAGGUGCUGCUGGUGGGAAAGAUGCCAGAGGAGGUGCCUUCCAGGCUGCAGCUGCAGCAGCUGCCCUCUCAUCAGAGCCUGCUGACCUACAUCUCCACUUCUCGGUUGCCAGCUUCAAUGGGAGGAGGCCUGCCUUACUGCCACCAGACCUGGCUGGACUUCCGGAUGCGUCUGGAAGCCCUACUGCAAAGCUUCCAGGUGGUUUGUACCUUGCUCCAGGAGGCCAUUGAGAGCAUGAAGGCUGUGCCCCAGCCCAUGGAGUCUGGGGAAGUUGGUCGGCUGCUCCAGCAGACACAAGUCCUGAUGCAGCACGUGCUAGACUCACCCUGGCUAGCAUGGCUACAGUUCCAGGGGGGGUUGGAGCUGGCAUGGUUGAAGCAAGAGGUCCCAGAGGUGACCCUGAGCCCAGACUACAGGCCAGCAGUGGAUGAAGUUGAUGAGCUCUAUGGCCGUGUAGAUGGACUGCUGCACCAACUGACCCUGCAGAGCAACCGGCGAGUACAGGCACUAGAGUUGGUCCAGACUCUGGAGGCCCAGGAGGGCAGGCUGCACCAGAUUGAAGUAUGGCUACAGCAGGUGGGCUGGCCAGCACUUGAGGAGCUAAGGGAGCCCUCACUGGACAUGCUGCUCCAGGCCCAAGGCCCUUUUCAGGAGCUGGACCAGGUUGCUCAGGAGCAGGUCCGGCGAGGGGAGAGGUUUCUGCAGCCACUGGCUGGCUGGGAGGCUGCUGAGCUGGGCCCUGCUGGGGCCCGCUUUCUGGCCCUGCAAGCCCAGCUGACUGACUUCUCCAGGGCUUUGGCCCAGCGGCGGCAGCGGCUGGCAGAUGCUCAGAGGCUGUUGCAUUUUUUCAAGCAGGCCUCGACAUGGGCUGAGGAGGGGCAGAGGGUGUUGGCAGAGCUGGAGCAGGAGCGCCCAGGGGUCGUGCUGCAACGGCUGCAGCUGCAUUGGACCAAGCACCCUGACUUGCCUCCUGCCCACUUCCGAAAGAUGUGGGCUCUGGCCACAGGGUUGGGCUCCGAGGGCAUUCGCCAGGAGUGCCGCUGGGCCUGGGCACGAUGCCAGGACACCUGGCUGGCCCUGGACCAGAAGCUAGAGGCUGCACUGGAGCCACCACUGACGACGACCACAACGGGCAGCACAGCUAGCCUGUGUGUCAGCCGUUUCCCUGCUGCAUCUGCCACCCCUCCCCUGAGGAAGGCAUAUAGCCUCGAUCAGAAUCUGGGGCAGAGUCUCAGAGAGCCUGCCCACCACUGCCACCGUGCGGCUCUUGUGGCUGCUUCCCACGGACCAGACGCUGAAGGUGGUGCCCAGCCAGGGUCAUCCCCUACCAUGCUUCCACCAGGCAGUUCUGACCCCAGGACCCCCAACAGGCUCCAGCUGGUAUUGGCAGAGAUGGUGGCUACGGAGCGGGAGUAUGUCCGAGCUCUUGAUUACACCGUGGAGAACUACUUCCCUGAGCUGGAUCGCCCCGAUGUGCCCCAGGGCCUCCGUGGCCAGCGUGCCCACCUCUUUGGCAACCUGGAGAAGCUGCGGGACUUCCAUUGUCAUUUCUUCCUGCGUGAGCUGGAGGCCUGUACCCAGCACCCAUCCCGGGUAGCCUAUGCGUUCCUGCGCCAUAGGUUGCAGUUUGGGAUGUACGCACUCUACAGCAAGAAUAAACCUCGCUCUGAUGCCCUGAUGACCAGCUUCGGUCAUUCCUUCUUCAAGGACAAGCAGCAAGCACUGGGGGACCACCUGGACUUGGCCUCCUACCUGCUGAAGCCCAUCCAGCGUAUGAGCAAGUAUGCAUUGCUGCUGCAGGAACUGGCAAGGGCCUGCGGGGGUGCUGUGCAGGAGCUGAGUGCCCUGCGGGCUGCCCAGAGCCUUGUGCGCUUCCAGUUGCGACAUGGCAAUGACCUGCUAGCUAUGGACGCCAUCCAGGGCUGUGAUGUUAACCUGAAGGAACAGGGUCAGCUGGUGCGACAGGAUGAGUUCAUGGUACGUGCUGGGCGCCGUAAGUCCUUGCGCCGUGUUUUCCUCUUUGAGGAGCUACUGCUCUUCAGCAAGCCUCGCCGAGGACCCACGGGCAUUGACACAUACGCCUACAAGCGUUCCUUCAAGACGGCAGACUUGGGCCUCACUGAGUGCUGUGGGGAUAACAACCUGCGGUUUGAGAUCUGGUUCCGCCGUCGCAAGGCCAGGGACACCUUUGUGCUGCAGGCUGCCAGCUUGGCCACCAAGCAGGCUUGGACAGCUGACAUUUCUCGUCUGCUCUGGAGGCAGGCCAUCUACAACAAGGAGGUUCGCAUGGCUGAGAUGGUGUCCAUGGGUGUGGGGAACAAGGCCUUGCAGGACAUCUACCCCAGCGAGGAAGCUAUCAACGACCGCACUGUCAACUACAUCCUGAAGUGCCGAGAAGUUCGCUCUCGGGCCUCUGUUGCUGUGGCCCCGUUUGACUAUGAGAGCCCCUAUCUGGGGCCCUUGAGCUCCCUUCCUGGAGACCCUGCCUCUUGCUCUAUGCUGGGGUCCCUCAACCUGCAUCUGUACAGAGACCCGGCUCUUCUGGGACUCCGCUGGCCCCUGUAUUCUACCAGCUUCCCAGAAGAAGCAGCACUGGAGGCUGAAGCGGAGCUGGGCAGCCAGCUGUCUUUGACUCCUGAAGACUCAGAGGUGUCAUCCCAGUGCCAAUCAGCCAGUGGAUCCAGUGGCUCUGACAGCAGCUAUAUGUCAGGGCGGGCCCUGGGCAGAGGUCUUGAGGACUUGUCCUAUACUGGCAGGGACCUCUCCUAG